AUGUCCCGUUACGACGAUUAUCGCUCUUCAACGGGGACCCUUGACUCUCGCGACCGAUACGAUCGCUAUGCACGGGGUCCCCCGGUGGCCGAAAGACCCCGCCAUGCCGAAGAGCGCUUCGAGGACCGCUUCGACUCCCACUUCCGCGAAGGGGACCGAUAUGGCCCUCCUGCACGAGCUCCAGGGAGGCUAUAUGAAGAUGACCACCUCGACCACCCAUACCCUGCUGGUCCCGUUGAGGCGCAUGACCCCCGCCGACGUCGUGACGAAAGCCCCUCCUUUCGACCUCCACGUCUUAUUAGGCGGCAGUCCUCCUUAGACACUUUCGACCGCAUACCCCGGCGCAAGAUGGAGACUCUCGAGCGCGAGCGCGUUCCCCGCGCUCCCCGUGUGCCUGCACCGCCUCGCCAUCACCCCUCUCCCGGCCGAUAUCGCGAGCGUGAAGUGUACGAGGAUAUUAGAAUCGCCGAGCCCGACUACUACGGUGAUGAAGAGUUUAGAGAUUUCCGUGAUCGUGAGAUGGUUGAUCGCCGUCACCGCUCGAGCAGCAAUGCUCACAGGCAUCAUGAGAAGCCUUAUCCUCGCAAGGGAAAGACCCGCGUACCUCGUCACCUCGCCCAUAUCCACGCGAUCUUGGAUCUAGGCUAUCCAUUCAAGGAGGAGGAUGAUGUGAUUGUCAUCCUUAAAGCAUUGUCUAAGGACCAGAUUGACGAGGUGAUAACCUUGAGUCGUGAAUUUAAUCGACCACACCCCGUGGAAACCGAGUUCAUCAGACGGGCUCGCUCUCCCCCCAUGCGAGAAAUCCCUCGCGAGCGGGUUACGACCGAGUACCUGCAGGUUGAGGCACCAUCCCCCCGCAGCAGCGGAGCCUUUAUCGUCGAGGCAUCGCCGUCUCGCCAUCGAUCACGGUCCCGCCACCAUGUAGAGCCCCACGAUGAGCUUUUGGGGGUGCCACGAGCGUCCCGUCGGCGAGCGGUGUCAGUUCAUGACCCUGCAUAUCACCAACUGUCCCCAGUGCAGUACAUCCAGGAGCGAGAGUCCGAUGGUGUGCGUCAGGGAUCUAUGGUGCUUGUUCGUCCCCGUGAGCGUGAGAGCGAGCACGAUAUGACUGAGUACAUUCGCCGCUUGGAAGACGAAACUAGACUUCUUCGCCUGGAGCGAGAGGGUGGAAUCGAGAUCACCCGACAGCGGGAGACAGAUACGAUUGACAAUCGAGGCAACGCUCAAGAGGUUACAGAGAUUCGGCGACAGGAGCGCAAAGAACCCAGCUCUCGUCUUAUGCGUGCGAUGAUGGCUACGCUGACUUGA